GUGAGAGUCUGUGAAUGGAAAAAUCAGGGUGCAUCUGUACUAUUGAAUUAAUGUAAUUAUUUUAGAGUCAUAGAAUAUGAAAGAACCCCAUCCAGGCUUAUUCUGUGCCAGUGCAGUAUUGGGCAAAUACAGUAUAUGCAUCCAUUCAUUUCUACUAAUGGGAAAACCUAUUUUCUUCCCAGUUAAACUGUCUUACAAAUAACACUUGCCCAUGGAAAAUGAAAAUCAUUUGAAGUAAAAGGUGCUUUUAUUUUCCUCUCUCCUUGGGCCUUUCCAUACUUCCCUUUAUCCCAGGACCUGAUCCCAGAUUAUCUGCUUUAAACUGGAAUAUAUGAGUCCACACUGCCAGAUAACCUGGGAUAAACAGAUAAUCUGGCAUCAGAUCCUGAGAUAUAGGGGUAGCGUGGAAGACCUCAUUGAGAUCAUAUACAGGUAAUAUUUAUACAGCCAAAUGUGUGUGGGUAGAUUAGGAAAAGUCAUACUAGGAUUUAAUUUUGCUGCGUGUUCCAAAAUAUACCAUUACUUUUUUUUUAGCCCAAGUAGAUGAAAUGGGCUACAGUUCUAAAACUAUGGGCCCUUCCACACAGCCAUAUAACCCAGAAUAUCAAGGCAGAUAAUCCACAAUAUCUGCUUUGAACUGGAUUAUCUGAGUCCACACUGCCAUAUAAUCAAGUUCAAUGGAGUACAGCUGUGUGGAAGGGGCCUAUGAGUGUAUUGUAUAUAUAGCAGAUUCUGUUUCAGUGGUUUGUUCUUGCUCUCCUGUGAUAUCUGUAUCCCCCUAGUAUUACUGUCAGAUUUGCAAACUUUCCCCCUGAAACACAUGCAUGGAGAGGCCAGCAGGCCUUGAGCUGGUACUGAACGUGAAAAGUGGGUUCUUGCACAAUUAAAAAUAGAAUAAAUCAUAAGAAGCCCAACUACACAUUGUUUGAAAACCUUCCUCUGAUGCAGUAGAGCCUGGCCGUCUUUUUCAUCAAGGAGAACUCUCAUGUCUUGGAAAGAACUACUCCAGGUUGUUAAAAAUCAAAAUAUUUACAUUUCAUUAGUUUAACUUCCUUCACAUUCUCAGAUAUGCCAAUAGAUCAGGUGUAUCUGGUGAGGAAAUUACAUAAAGUGGGUAGCUUUGGGCCUUCUGUUUGAUUUCAUGUAACCCUUAGACUAGUUUUAAAAGCUCGCUACAAGAUACAAGAUCUUGCUUCUGGCAAGAACAAUCUGAUCCACUGGCAGAGUGGAAAUGUGGGGAUACAAAGUGGCCCGACUCGCUUUUCACCCUACUCUUACCCACUCCUCAUUUCAGAUUUGACCUCUGCCAUUGUAUAGCACCAACUAGAUUAAACAUGAGGGCUAUAAACUUGAGAGAAAAACCAUAUCAUCCUAUGUCUAGUUUUAGUCGUCUCUGUUAUUCCUGAGGAAGGAGGAAAAUAUCCUUUAAGCUUUGUAAGGUCUCACCUAAGAUACCGGAUUUUGUCUGCAAUCCUACACCCAUUCCACUGGGAGUAAGCUCUAUUGAGCUCAAUGAGACUUACUUCUGAGUAGAAGAAAUGUAUAGGAUUGUUAAAAAUCAUAAUAUACCUUUUACCAAUGUAUCCAAUUCUGUUUUGCAGUCAAUGGGUAUCUUGGCUCCUGCAACUGCCCCAAGCAGACGAUUCCAGAAAAUUAGUCCUUCUAAAUUGAAUGUCGUAGUAGUGGUAGACGGGAACUGCAUCCUCCAAUACACCCAUCGUCAAUCACCUUGCUCCUGCCUUUCCGAUGGGGAGCCUCUCUUGCCCCGACACCCUCCACCAACUUAUGGGGCUGUGCCCCCCAGCCCCACUAUCCCCCGAGGACCAGCUUGUGGGCAAGAAGCCGGACCGCCCCCGUCCCGCAGGACUCGUGGACUCAGUGUCCGCUGUUGCACCAAAGCCUGCCUGGGGGACGAAGAGGAACACACUGACCGGCAUCUCCAUCGAGGGCCACCUUGCAGCCGUCUCACCCCAGUGCCCUUGCCCCGCAGCCCCUCCGGGCCAUGGUUUGGAGUGGGAUCACUCAGCGGGGGGCGGCCAGGAGCUCGUGUUGUGAAGAUCUGGGACCGGCAGCGAUGCCCUUUGCUGGAGGAAGGGGAUAUCAUCGCCAAGGUGAACGGAGCUGAUGUCCGAGACUUGAGUCCUGGAGAAGUGGAGAGUGUCUUGCAGGAGCACACGCGGACCGGUGACGUGAUCCUUCUGGUGGAGAGGAAAGGUCAUCACUCCAGGAGACAUACCCAGGAAAAUUGCACAUUUCCACGGGAAAACUUCUUGCCUGAUUCCUCUCACAAUAAGAGAGUUUCCCGGGAUGCUCCUAACCCCUGGGGAGGUCCCUCAGGAGACACUUUAGCUGUGACCAGUUUUGUGGGUCCCGAGCCCCGUGAUGUACUUGUGUGUCCUGCACAUUGUUCCCAGAGACCAAGGAGGCCCCGGCCAGCAGGAGGUGCUGGGGACCCCAUAGGAAGUGUGGAUGGUCCCCGAGAAGAGUACGGAUGCAGCAGCAGCACAGCCAUAGCAACAGAUGGAGGUGGAAUUAGCAAAGGAGCCAGCUCCCUGAUGCCCCAUCAGGAGGAAGGCCUCUCCCAUCAAGAAGACAGUGGGCUUUUGGCACGGUUGUCCCACACUGAUGUUGGGGGAGUCUUCCGGCAGGCAGGGAGCCGGGUGCGAAUGAAAAUCCGAAAUCGCAAAGACACAGGAAUUUCCAGCGAUUUGAACACCGCUGAUAUUGAUGUGGGUGAAUGUCCCCGGAGCCCCACCUACCGCCUCCCUCAGCUCCAGGAGAUGGGCCAAUAUUCGGUGGAGCUGUUCCGAGGACCCAAUGGCUUUGGCUUCAGUCUGCGAGGUGGAAGUGAAUAUAACAUGGAUAUCUAUGUCUUGGCUCUCAUGGAGGGUGGACCAGCCCAGCAGUGUGGCAAGAUCCAAGUGAGCGACCAGUUAGUAGAGAUCAAUGGGGAGUCUACGUCAGGAAUGACACAUGCGCAAGCUGUGGAGCACAUCCGCAAUGGAGGGAGCCGGAUACACCUGGUGCUGAAGAGAGGCAACGGAUUUGUUCCCGACUAUGACCGUGAGUACAGCCAGAGCCCCGCCAAGACACUGCAGGUGCCAGAAGCUGAGGACAGAGUCAGGCACCGACACCGGAGAUCAAACCCGGCUGGGGGCCCCCAAUACCAGGGACAGAGCCCUUGCGAUGGGGGUGGCCAGGAGACCUCACCCAGUGGCAGACAGCAGCUCCCCAAAGCACGCCCGUCUAGCCGGCUGCACCACGGAUCCGCCAAGGUUCAGGUCGAGGAAGAAGAAGACAGGGAAAGGGGCUGGAGACAGCGGGAGCCGGGGAAGAACUCAGAGGGCAAGGAUGAGAGCAGCAAGCUCCUUUCCCCCAGGCCGAGCCGGAAAUUACGCUCAGACCUGGUCCCUGGUCCCUGGCUGGUACCCAGUAAGGAACGCCUGUCCCGGGCUCUGUGGGGCGUCUGCAUGGGCCAGGGGGAGGAGGAAGAGCAGAAGGGAGAACCAGGAAGAGGAAAGAGCAUGGAGGUGAAAAGGCGAAGUUAGACUCAGCUCUCUGCAGCCACUGUUGGGAACUACUCAGUGCCUGGGGCAAUGGCACUGUCCAU